UAUAAAGCAGCUGAUCCACACGGUACAUUCAAUUUUGAAUUUCAAGUAAAGUUUUAUUGUAGGUUUUUUGAGAUAGGUCGUGUUAAAUAUUUUCUAAUUUGAAAAAUAAUGGAGGAAGGAUAAUAUUUAUCAACGGUUGUAAGCAAUAAAUUUAGAUAUGUGUAAUGAGUUCUCCAAUCGUCCUGGUUUCGCUUUGCGUUAUUCGCAUUGAAAUUGUUAACCCAAAUCAGGAAGAAACAAUUAGUACAAUGGCUGCUAGAAAAAUGAGAGGACGUAGAGAACCAAGGGAUAUUACUUUAGAAAACUACUCGUGUACUACUGAAAGACCAUCUCCUUUUUUAUCUUCUCAAGGAUCUAGUAAACCACAUUUAUUACCAAGAGCAAAUUCUGAAGAAACUUCGUUUACUACAUGUACUUCUGUAUCAACUUCUGAAGGUGCAGAAAUAAUUGGGGCUACAGCUUGUUCACAAUCUGAUCAAAUAAAUUUUAUUUCUGGAAAUCCAUUUGUGGAAGUUACUAAAGGAAUACUACAUCUUUUUAAAGAAGAUGAAUUAACUGAAAUGCAUAAUGCAGCGGAUCGCAGUCAUACCAUAUGUAUGUUGUCAGUUCCAGCAACAAUGACUUGUCAUGAUCUUUUAACAUUCACAGCAGCUUGUCAUCAAGAUAUUCAGCACGUCAGAAUUUUGCGGGAUGGUAAUCCAAAUCAAUACAUGGCUUUAAUUACAUUUCGUUCUUCGAGUGCAGCUAGUGAAUUUUAUGAAACUUUCAAUGGUGCACCUUAUAAUUCUUUGGAACCUGAUGUAGUAUGUCAUCUGGUGUUUGUGUCAAAAGUUGAAGUAGGAGAUAAUGGUAUGCCCCUAACAGGUCAUACAGAAUUGCCUUCAUGCUCUGUUUGUUUAGAAAGAAUGGAUGAAAGUGUGGAUGGUAUAUUAACUAUAUUAUGCAAUCAUACAUUUCAUUCAAGUUGCCUUGUAAAGUGGGGUGAUACAUCAUGUCCAAUUUGUCGUUACGCUCAAACACCAGAACCACUUGCAGACAGUCACUGCAUGGAAUGUGCUGCAGGAACAAGUAAUGAAGCCUUAUGGAUUUGUUUAAUAUGUGGUCACAUUGGAUGUUCUCGUUAUCAUCAGGGACACGCAUUUGAACACUAUCGUGAUACUCACCAUUGUUAUGCAAUGCAAUUAGGCAACAAUCGUGUUUGGGAUUAUGUUGGUGAUAAUUUUGUUCAUCGUUUAUUACAAGAUAAAGAUGGCAAGAUGGUGGAGGGAGGACAAACAGCAACAAAAAAUGAAGGUGCAGCUAUGGAAGAGAAAGUUGAUUCAGUUCAGUUAGAAUUUACAUAUUUAUUGACAUCUCAGCUUGAAACACAGCGGCAAUAUUUUGAAGAAAAGUUUAAUCGACUAGAACAACGUUCUUUAUCAGAGACUACAGAAUUAAGAGAAAAGUUGGGUCAUUUAAUGGAAGAAAAUACACACUUUAAGGAGCAGUUUACAUCACUUAACAAAGAAAAACAAUCUUUGGAAAAACGCCUACAACAUACUACGACUAAAUUAACACAAGUUCAAUCUGAACUAAAAGAGGAAAAGGAAUUAAGAUCAUCUCUUCAAAUCAACCAGACAACAUGGCAAACAAAAUAUAAAGAAUUACAAGAGGAACUAUCAGAAUUAAAAACUACAAAAGAAUCUGAAGUAAGAGACUUACAAGAGCAAGUACGAGAUUUUAUGUUCUACUUUGAAGCUCAAAAACAAAUUGAAAAUUCUGCAAAUAGAGAUGAGAUAGCUGCCGGUCAAAUAGUUAUUGCACCAAGUCCUAGUGGAAGUAAAGUGAAAGGUUCUCGUUCUUCAAAAGGUCACAAAAGGCAUUAAUAUUAUCAUGAAAAAAAUUGUAACAUUAUUUAUCACUAGAAUACAAGCGCAAGGUGUGAUUAUUUAAUAAGUAAGAUUAAAUAUAUUAUAUUUGUAAAUGAAAUCUGAAUUUAGGCUAUCAAAUGAAAUAAUAAUUUAAUAAAAAACCCAUUCAGUUA